CAUCUAUGGAUGGCAGGCGUCGGUGCAGGGGUCACCCUCGCCACAACACUCGCAUUCAGCCCCUUGUAUCGACGGUGGAACACCGCGCUCACUCGGCGCGACGUGCUUCGCAAAGCCUUUGCCAGUUCUGUUGGCGCGGGGUGUGUCGGAUACGCUGUCGGACGCCAGUUGCAGUUUGAUAUAAAUCACUCCGAGGAGUCCUACUACACCAUGAGGGAUGUGCGCGGUAUGCUCGUGAAUUCCGGCAGGUACGAGUUCCUCGAGUUGCACCCUCCAGAGGCGGCCACGUCUAUCAGCAGGUCCGACAACAUAUCGACUGAGUCCCCGCCACCAGGAAUAGCAGAGAAGAUAUUGUCUGCUUGUCACUGGUUCACUACCACCUCAGAAUCGCUGCGGAGCAUGCGAGCGUUCCUCGAACAAGACCUGCUAACGGGCGGUGUCUCGCAACACGACGCGAACAUCGUGACUACGUAUCUGGCUAGCGGGCUCGACGGGAACAACUUCCAGCGCAGCCUGUCGAUUGGAUUGGUUGGCCUGCUGUACGUGAUGCGAGAGUCUGCGAGGACGCAUCCCCGCUCCGCCCUAUAUCGAGCUCCACGAGCGGCCCGCGUCGUCGUCUGGCUGGGCGACUUCUUCCUCCUUGGUCUCACAGCAGGAUUUGCUGUUAGAAAGGAGUUUUCGUCUAUGGCCUAUUCUGGAUACAUCCGGGACAAGGCUGCUGUCGCCGCUGUUUUGCGUGAGAAGUUCCGCAAAGAGCUGGAGACAAAGUAAACACCCCUCUUGAAUCAUUGUCCGCUGUCCAGUUCUCGACGUGCUAUACAUUAUUAAUCGUACUGCUGUCUUGCCGUGUCUUCGCGUGUUACCCUGUAUGCUGUAAGUACCUACUGCCGUUUUGAGACAAAAUCAUCCCAGUUCAUUAUUCAUUCA